UUAUUGUCCUGCAUUUCCAACACUUGUGAUGAAAACUCUGUAAUCUACUUAAGAUCUAGUACAAAAUAUCCUACCAAGGCAACGAUCUCGUAAACUCCGUCACUCCCAUAUAAAUACAUUCACAAGAUCCACAUUAUUCACCAUGCUUUUCUCGUUCUCUAACUGCACCGAUGAAGGGACACACACGUAAUAGGCAUAACACUAACGGAAAACUAAACAGAAAGGUUGACGAAAUGAAGAAGAAAUUGGGCUCGGAUAACGGUGGUUAUGGGUGGCUAAGUAAUGCGUAUUUUAUGAAGUGGACGAUGGAGGAUGUAUUGGGUGUGGUGAAGUACCAUCCGUUACCGUGUGUGUUUGCUGCUUUAAUGUUGCUUUUCAUGGGAGUUGAAUACACUCUUCGUAUGAUCCCAGCUUCUUCUCCACCAUUCGAUCUGGGAUUCAUUGUUACCAUUCCUCUUAAUCGUUUGCUUGCUGAAAGACCUGCUCUCAACACCCUUUUUGCUGGAUUAAACACGCUCUUCGUGGCGAUGCAAACGGCGUACAUUUUGGCGACUUUUCUAAUAGAAGGACGGCCUCGAGCGACAAUAUCGGCGAUAUUCAUGUUCACAUUCAGAGGCAUUCUUGGGUAUGCUACACAGUUGCCUUUGCCAGAGGAUUUCUUGGGGUCAGGGGCCGAUUUCCCAGUAGGGAAUGUGUCGUUUUUCUUGUUUUAUUCAGGGCAUGUGGCGGCCUCCGUGAUUGCUUCGCUGGAUAUGAAACGGAUGCAGAGAUGGGAAUUGGCUCGAGUAUUUGACGCCUUGAAUAUAUUGCAAGUGGUGAGGUUGCUGAGCACUAGGGGCCAUUACACUAUUGAUUUGGCUGUUGGCAUUGGCGCUGGCAUUUUGUUUGAUUAUAUGGCCGGAAACUAUGUGGAGACUAGGACAAAACUAUGUAUUGCCAAUGGUAGCAAUGGAACUACUUAUGGUGCCAAGCAAGAAAAUGGUGUCAAAUAUCAAAGUGUAUCUUCAAAUUGAAAGGUAUCCACUCAAAUGUGGGGUAGACUUUAUCUUGAAGUGUAAAGAUAACUUUGGCUUAUUCCAAUUGCAGGGUCUCAGUGUACCUCUAUUCCAAUUAGGUCCACCGCC